GCCGGGUGGAGCGCGCUGGGCUGUACAGGGAGGUCCCGGGCCCCGGUCGUUUGUUGACGUACGCGACGCGCACGCCGCGGAGUCGCGUCCGGGACCAUCCGGGACACCUCGGCGGCGGCUGCCCCUGCAGCAGCACCUUCCCGCCGACGUGUGACUGCUUCCGGGGGCUGAUGGGCCGGGGACAUGACCUCCCCACGGCGGUGGACCACUGACCGAGGUCGACGGGGACGUCUCGGACGGCUAGGACGGCGCCGAGGGCUCCGCGGACCUUGCGGACGCGAUGGCGAUGCGUCGGGGCCACAUCGCCCCCAAGACCACCCUCAUCGAGACCAUCAUCCGGAAGUUCAACACGCACUGCCGUUCCUUUGUGGUGGCCAACGAGCGGGACUCCCCGUACGCGUUCCCGUUCCGGGAGAGGACCUUCAUCAUCUACUGCUCGGACGGCUUCUGCACCAUGUCGGGGUUCUCGCGCGGCGAGGUGGUGCAGCGCUCCGCCGUGUGCGACUUCCUGCACGGCCCGCUCACCUCGCCGUGCGCCGUGCUGUCCAUCCGGGAGGCCUUCAAGCACUACCUGGAGCAGCACUUCGAAGUCGUGUACUACAGAAAAGAUGGGACCAAAUUCCUGUGCUCAGAGACCAUCGCGCCGGUGAGGGUGGUGGAGGAGGACAUCAUGCUGUACAUCAUCAACUUCGACGAGCUGACGCCGGAGCCGCUGCCACUGCUCGCCACCGACCCGGUCCGCCUCAGUAGAUUUCAACGCGCCCGCCGGUCGUUCCGACUGUCGCUGCGCGGCCGCGGCUUUCGCUCGCUGCGCUUCAACUCCAUCCUCUCGCCGCCGGCGGAGGCGGCCGUGGCGGAGGAGGAGGGCGAGCAGAGGCUCAUCUCCUCGCCGGUGAGGGCCGUGGUGGCUCCGGCCACGGAGCCCGGCAGGGCUAGGGACCAGGCGACGGCGGAGCCCCAGGACCCCGCCAGGGACCCCACAAGCAACCCCGCCAGGGACGCGACCAAGGUCAAGGCGCGGUCCACGCCGCCGGAGACGGCGCGUGAGUCCGUCGCGGGGACCAGCGGACUGCAGGCGGCACAGGCCGACGGGGCGCCCUUCUUCUGGGAGGGCCUCUACGGCAUCCCGCCGCGGGUGGGCGCGCGCCCCCACUGCUCCGCCACGGGGCCCUACGACCCGCCGCACUACAUGACGCCGCCCGAGCCCAGCCUGCAGCGCGCGCCGCGCAACGUGCACCAGUCCGCCUCCAUGGACGCCAUCAGCCACAACAACCAGGCCGCCAGCGCGGCCAGCGCGCCCCGCGCCCGGGCGCCGCACGUCGGCAGGCCGCCGCCGCGGUCCGCGACCGCACAAGCACUGAGUGGGGCGGCCCCCUUCGCCGGCCUGGACCCAGCCUUCCAGGCUCCACCGCCUCUGCCCCGACCACAUACUAUAGAUAACAUUUGCGCAGCUCGUGCGGCUGCCAACGUCUUCCCCAACACUUCAUCCGAGUCUGACCUGCAAAAGUAUCGCGCCUCCUACUGGGACCAAUCUAGUCGGGAACGGAAGUCACCCUCGCUCAGCAACCUCGGCCACAAGUUCUCCAUACAGGACAAUGGAUCGGCCAAGUUCUUUCAAGGAGUGCUGCACACGUCCAACAUGGGGGAGAAGGUUGCUCAGGUGCUGUCGCUGGGCGCCGACGUGCUGCCCGAGUACAAGCUUCAGUCACCGCGCAUGCACAACUGGACGGUGCUGCACUACUCGCCCUUCAAGGCGGCCUGGGACUGGCUCAUCUUGAUCCUGGUGCUGUACACCGCCAUCUUCACGCCCUACGUGGCCGCCUUCCUGCUCAACGAGCCCGACUUCAACAGCCGCAAGAGAAGCAAAUACGGGGACGACCCCAUAGUCAUCAUCGACUUGAUUGUGGACGUGACCUUCAUAGUGGAUAUCCUCAUUAAUUUUCGAACGACGUACGUCAACAGAGCAGACGAGGUGGUCUCGCACCCUGCUAAGAUAGCGAUCCACUACUUCAAAGGCUGGUUUAUAAUUGACCUUGUGGCUGCCAUUCCAUUCGACUUGCUGCUCUUCGGCUCCGACACGGACGAGACCACCACCCUGAUAGGCUUGCUCAAGACGGCCCGGCUGCUGCGGCUUGUUCGAGUGGCGAGGAAGAUCGACCGCUACUCCGAGUAUGGCGCGGCCGUCCUCCUGCUGCUCAUGGCCUCGUUCGCCCUCUCGGCGCACUGGCUGGCCUGCAUCUGGUAUGCCAUUGGGACUGCCGAGCGCCCCAGGCUGCUGGCAAAAGUCGGCUGGCUGGAUGCUCUGGCCAACGAGACCCACCAGUUUUACGGCCCCAACAACACGGGCGGCCCUUCUAUCAAGUCGCGCUACAUCACGGCCCUCUACUUCACGUUCAGCAGUUUGACGUCGGUUGGCUUCGGCAACGUCGCACCGAACACGGAUGGAGAGAAGAUUUUCACUAUCUGUGUCAUGCUGGUGGGCUCCCUGAUGUACGCGAGCAUUUUCGGUAAUGUGAGUGCAAUCAUCCAGCGGCUCUACUCGGGGACGGCUCGCUACCACACGCAGAUGUUGCGAGUGCGAGAGUUCGUUCGUUUUCACCAAAUCCCCAACCCGCUCCGGCAACGGUUAGAGGAGUACUUCCAGCACGCGUGGGCGUACACCAACGGUAUUGACAUGAACAGUGUCUUAAAAGGCUUUCCCGAAUGCCUCCAGGCAGAUAUUUGCUUGCAUCUCAACAGAACACUGUUAGACAACUGUUCUGCUUUUGAGGGGGCGUCGCCUGGUUGUCUCCGGGCGCUGUCGCUCAAGUUCAAAACAACUCACGCUCCCCCCGGAGACACACUGGUCCAUCGGGGGGACGUCCUCACCAGCCUCCACUUCAUUUCCAGAGGGUCCAUUGAGAUUCUCAAAGACGAUGUUGUCAUGGCAAUUUUGGGGAAAAACGACAUUUUCGGCGAGAGUCCUUGCCAAUACGCCACGGUGGGCAAGUCCUCGUGCAACGUCCGGGCGCUGUCGUACUGCGACCUUCACAAGAUCCACCGGGACGACCUGCUGGACGUGCUCGAGCUGUACCCGGAGUUCUACCACGAGUUCGCCAGCAACCUGGAGAUCACUUUCAACAUGAGAGAUGAGGACCAACCCGGCGUGGACCCGCGGUUCCUCCGCCACCGAGCGUCCAGGUGCUCGUCUUCGGACGACCACGUGGACGGCGAGUCGACGGAGCUGCGGCGCGCGGCCCCGCGGGACAAGGCCCCGCGGAAGAGGAAGGCAACGGGGCAGGCCGCGGACGCCGCGAGACAAGGCGGCGACCCCGACGGCGGCGAAGGCGGCCCGGGCAGCGCCAAGAGGAAGGCCUCGGUGCCGCGGCAGGCCAGCGACGACACGUCCGCGUCGGAGUGCGAGAAGGUGGUGAAGCUGGACGUGCGGCAAGACGGGGGCAGCCGGGCGGCCCCGCAGGUGGCCGUGUUCAGACUGCAGCAGAGGCACGCCGACGGCGCGUCCGCCGACACCACCGCGGCGGACAGCUCGCCGACGCUGGCGCCCCAAGUGGCGGAGCUCAGCGCCAAGGUGGAGCGCCUAACCAAGCAUCUCCAGCGACUGGAGGAGAACAUGAGCAACGACGUUCGCCAGAUCCUCGCCCUCAUGCAGGCCAACUUCCAGUCGGCGUCUGCCACUGCGGCAACUGCUGCCAGUGCACACGCGGCGGAGCUAGCGGAGUCGAGAGAGGUAGCGGCCGACAGCUCGUUGCGGCACGCACACCCGGUUCAGCGCAGCUCAAGCCUUCCCCAGAACACAAGCUCAGGGACUAGCCCCCUCCCCCAAGCCAGCUUCUUGCCGCCAAAGUCAUCAGCAAGGCUGGCACAGCACCAGCUGAGACUCUUGCCGCCACCCAGGAGUCAGUCCAGCCCUCUUGAUCUCAUCCAGCAUUCCCCGUCGCCCAGUCGCCGCGAGCUGUCGCUGUCCUCGCAGUCCUCGCUGCCCGCCAGCUCCGUUCGGAUCGAUCUCAGUCCACAGCCAAUAGCACGGGACGCAUCCCUCCCUAGGGAGUCGUUCCCUGGGGAGCCCAUCCCUAGGGAGCCGUUCCCUAGGGAGUCCCUCCCCCCUCCCGAAUGCACUGUGCGGGGGGCACCCAUUGCCCGACUGGAGUCCCUGGAUGAACUGGACAAGGCCUCCACAUCUACCAAGUCGCGGACGCCGACGAGCUCUGCGUCAUCCUCCAGAGGCAACUUAGGAGCGAUGUCGUCGGAGGUGUAGAAGCGCAGUGGUGUGCAUGUGUGCAUGAACCUCUUUAAUCUGAAUGUGAUAUUAAUGUUGUGAUAGAACACCUCAAUGUGAAAUUUGGAAGAAUGUGAGAAUAGACGGAUAGUACGACGUGUUUUUUUGUUGGGUAAUGUUUGUAAGGGUUUGUUUUAUCUGUGUUAUAUCUUUAUUUGCUCAUGGAAUGUUGGUAUUCGUCGGUUCGUGACUGCCUAUCAUUGAAAAUUUUUGGGAUUUCACACGAGAUCUCACACGAUGCGAAAGGAACUUCGCUCCAAUUUAUCUUCUACGUAUUAAUCAUAUUUCUCCUUCUGUGUUACUAAGUGUUAUUAAGUAUUAUUAUUGGUGUAGUUCGCUACUGAAUUUAAAUGUUUUCACAAAGUGCAAUAUGAUAUCCAAACUUGUUUUCGUACACGUGUACUCUUCACCUUUCUAUUCGGUCAAUUCCAUUUGUUACCAUAAGCUUAGUUUAUUUAUUGUGUUCACUCAGCCCCCAAGAGAAUGAAAGCCGUCCGCAAAAGGAAUGUGCCGUGGAAAUUUAACUUGACCUGUUCAUUUAAAAAAUCAGCCAAAUACUCAGCCUGUCAACGUGUGUCAAAGUUUGUUCAUUUUUAAUUUCAUAAUCGUAAAAAUUGGUUUUCACUUAUUUAUCAUUUUAACGAGGCUGAAAAAUGAGACAACAGAAUCAAAUUUGAGCGUAUCAAAAGAGUAACUUACAUAGUGUUUUUUCUACACUGACUGUAUAAUUGCCUUUCAAGAAAAGAACCAAACUGUUUUUACUGUGCGUAUAUAUAAAAAUUCUUGGUGUGUAGUGGAAUAUGACUCGCCCCGAAAGAUAGAGGGUGUCCUCUUCUGGGUGAUUAGUAGUGCACAAACUGUCGUGUCUGCCUGUAGGAGUUACCGUCGACCUGUCUUCUAACAGCGCAUAGCUGCUGAUCGGAGUCUUGGACUUCACAUACCGCUUUUAAUUAGCCGGAAUUUAUUUUACACCCGAGGUCACGUGUAUAAUUAUUUCCUUUCAUUGGAACGAAGAAAAUAUUUGCAUAUUCUAAUUUUCUUUUGUCAAAAAGUAACUUGGAACAGAAAUUGAAGAAAUUUGAGGAACGAUUUGAAGGGAUAGUUUGCCGGACGACGGAAGUGUAGCGACACCGUAACAUUUACAUUCCAUGCAUUAAUGUUAAAAAAAAAACAUUCAUGAUUUAUUUUUUUCGGCAUUGAAUAUGAAGAAGAGAAACAUUUUUGCUUUGCUUGGACGAGCCACAGAGGCCACAGGGUACGAGUUUCAAACUAAAAUAUUUGCCUUUUGCUCAAAGUGGUGGGUGCAUAAGUUGCGAGUCACCAAUUCAAUGUAUGUGUAUAUCAACCGGAAUGGUUCUUAAACUUCUUUUGUGUUCCUGAUUCAUACUGUAAAAGGAGUAUGCGUUUUGAAAUUUAUCCUCUGUGUUUUUAUCUUUGGCGUCGUCCAUUGAUAAGUGAAAAAGACUGCAUAGGAUUAACGUGAGAGAUUAUAAAAGACCAUGCUGGCAUAGGUCAUCUAUAGACUAAUGAUUAAAUGAACCUGGUAUCCGACUCUGCAAUAAGACGAACCAUUUAAAUGAAGUGGUUCUCAAGGGUAAUUCUUAAAACCGCUAGGAAGGGGGUUCUUUGAAGUGAUUUGCCAACUGUGUGGUUGGAACCUCUGCGCCCCCUCCCCCGUCCCUCCCAUGAUAUUUCGCGCUUUCAUCUAAGUAAUCGAGUCGUGUGAAAAGUAGUACUUUUGCUUUCAAACUACCAGUAAUUAUGUCAGUGUGUUAAUUUCAUCGUUAGGUCGUUUUCUGAAUGUUCGUGAAGAACUGGCUGUUUCUGCUAGAAAGAAAAAAGUAGUAUGCGUUAUCCAAGGGGGGCUGACUCCUAUAAUACUUCGUACACAGACCUAUAAUACUUGUAUAAUACCUAUAAUACUAUAAUCCAUAAUACCAAAAAAUGCCGCACAUUUAGUGCAGUUUCGGGUUCAAAAUGAGAAAGUUUUGUAAAAUUGUGGUGAACAGGCGUUCAGCGAUUUUUAGACGGAUCGUUAGAGUAAGGAAAUGGCGCUAAGGCUGAUGACAAGGUGCUGAGGCUCUUAAAGAUGCGCGGUAGUAUUUUGAGGCUCAGGAGCGCAAGCCGGAAUCCUUGUUUUCAACUAACUUGCGUAUUUCGGAAACCUUUGGUACACGGAAAACCACUUAAAACGACACAAUUAUCUAAAUAAAAUGUUCGGAAUAAUACCUAUAAUACUCUAUAAUACCUAUAAUAUAUAAUACUUCGUACACGGUUCGGGAGAGUCAGCCCCCCUUGGCGUUAUCUACGCAAAACGGUGUAGAAUUUUGAUGAGUUUUCGAAUUUUUAAAUAUCGUUGGCACGUAUCCAUACUGAGAAAGGAUUCCAUUUUAGCAUGUAGGAGGACGCGAUGUGACAGUGGUGCGUCUAUAUGUAGCAAGGCUGUGUAAUGAUUUGAUAGGUUUUCCAGAUAAUAGAAUGUAUUAAGCCUUUAAACGAGAUACUUAAGGUUCGCAGUUCCAUUAAAGUCAUCUCAAUUGCACAAAUUAUCUAGUAUUGGCAGACAAAAGCGUAUCUUCUUUUUGCGCAGCGAACUUUUUUUGUACGUCUUUGUCAGAGGUCUAAGAUUUUUGAUGUUUAGGUCUUUUAUUUCAUCAAAAUAAACCCUAUGGACAAAACUCCGACAAAGCUCAUUACAAAUUAUGGAAGGCCAAGACGUUUUCCGACGCUGUAUUUUUUAAAAGUCAUGGACUGUUGCAAGUGCAAGUGGAAGACUUUCCUGUAGCGCGUAAGGGGUCUUUUACAUACCAAUGGAAAAAUGAUUCGCAAUUUAAUUGCCCCCUCCCUUUUUCCACUAAAUUGACGUCCCAGACGUCACUACUUCAUACUUUUUUACGAAAACAGUUGACGUGGUAUGUGACGGGCCCCUACUCCUAAACUAUACGAGAAACAAGUCAGUUGCCUCUGUUUUUUUUAAAUCCUGUUUCAUAUUUGUACUUGUUCAAUACUGUAUUUUUAUUUGACGCCGCGGGCAUCUUUGUUGUAAAUAUACUUAGACAUUUCAAUUGAAAUGGGUUCUUAGUUCGUCUGAACGCAAUAAAUAUCCGAUUCUCAA